AUGGAUUUCACCCCAUCGAGACCAACGGUCAAGGCGCGCGUAGACGAAGAGCGCGCAGAAGGAAUCACCAACGACGAGCCAACUAGCUGCGACGACCCAAACCUUCACGACGCGGGAAGGUUCAACAAGUUCGAAGCGUGCGACGAGCCAAGUCUAAGCGUUCGAAACGACGACGCACCACAAACGCGGAGUAAGAAGUUAAUGGGCCAGACCAACGUCGACUUGGGCCGAACCAACAUCAACGAUUCGAGCCGAGGCCCACGACGCACUUGUGAUUUGCCCUAG